UUCUAAGCAAGACCUUUUUUUUUCUUUGCAGUCGUGGAAAGUCGCUGCAUCGGAGUUUAAACAAAAGAGAACGGUGUAAUCGGAAUAGCAGGAAUUAACCGUAGAUAAGUGUUUUGGUAUUCUAAUCAAAGGUUAAAGUAAUGCGUUGCGAAAAGUUAGGUCUGAUUUGGUCUGUGACUGGAAAGAGCACCGCCUAGCGUCUGAACGUCACGAAAAUGGAAGUGAAAGGAAAAACACAGAUGAAACACUUAAGAUUCAUCGACCCUUAAAUCCAUCUGGCGGUUCCGUACAAGUAUUCGUUUCAAUAAUUUCAUAUUUUUAAUUUAAUAAUUUUUCAAUUUCAUAAGCUAACGUAAUGUUUUCGUUUGUGUUGUUUACUUUAUUGGACGUCGGGUCCCUGCCAUUCACUCACAGUGCUGAUUUCUUGGAACCCACUCAGCCUCCUAGCAUCCAAGAACAUUUAGUUGAUAUUGUACUGGACUGCUACCUGGUGGAAGAAGGAGGAGGACGUAUGGGAAUGUUUGCUGCUAGUUUCACACGGGAAAAGGCCACAUUUGUACUUCGGAAGAUCCCUGUCCCAGAGGAUGAAGCCCUAGACAGCUUUACAGAAUUUCAGCCACCAGCAUUUGAUGAGGAGGCCCUCAUCUUUGAGGUUACAGCCUCAUCAGUCCAGAUUCCGGGAGCUGAUGUCUUGCUUCAUGCUGACUGCAAUGAGCAGGAGGUUUCCUGUGAAGUAAGUCAGUUUUACCCACGUGGCGAGAACUCUGAACAUGAGGCCUGGUUUAUUGGAAGCCUGCAGGUAGCAGGAGGUGGAAUCAGUCUGACUCUUGUAAUGAAGACACAGCCAAUGGUUGAAACAAAAGAUGUUUUACUGAAGAAACAAAAGAAACUGGGCUUACCGCUUAGUGAAACUGGAACCAUAUUGAUGUCUGUACAGUAUAAUGUGUUCACCCAGGCUCCUGUGGUUUCAACUGCUAUUGGGGGCUCUGUAUUUCUGGACUGUGGGUUCAGAGCAGCAGAGGACAACCAGGAUAUUUUUGUGGAGUGGCGUCUACAAUACAAGGGUCAUGGGAGGCGAAUCUUUACUUUGGAGAGUGGACCAAAUGUAAUGGCAAUAGGCCAAGCGUAUCAUAACAACUCUCACAUGGAUGAGGACUUGGUGCGCACUCACCAAAAUGUCUCCCUUUCCUUGUCCAAUUUUAAAGUUUCUGACGAAGGUGCCUACAUUUGCCUAGUUACUUAUGGACAAUUCCAGGCCCAGCAGGUCAUUAAUGUACAGGUUUUGGUGCCACCACGUGUCCAGCUAAUCCCAAAGGUUCUCCAGUUUCAGGAUGGUGCUACGGAGAAGGUGGUGUGUGAUAUGUCAGGCUACUAUCCUUUGGAUGUUCAGGUUGAAUGGACCCAACUGCCACCUUCAUCUCCUACACCUGAGGAACCCACACCUAUUUCUCAGUUCUAUUUCUCCAGCCAUAAGCAGCACUCUGAUGGAACCUACUCCCUUUCAGCAUUCAUCUUGAUAAACCAGGCCACUGCUGAAGUUGGAACUACUUACACUUGUAGAGUGUCCCAUGUAGCACUAGAGGAGCCAACUGUUCUUAAUGUGACUCUGGUGUCAGCAGAUGAAUCAGGAAUCCUAUUGAUUUUUGGUGUUAUGGUGGCAACUUUCAUCUUCCUUUUUGCCGUCUAUCUGCUGCUUUUGCAAUGGAAUACAUCAAAAGCCAAUGAAAAUAUCCAGAUAAAAGGAACAAUGAAGAGUAUAAAGAUUAAUUGACACACUUGGAAAUCUAAGCAAAAGAUUUUUGAUGAGACAUGUAAAGGAUUUGUUUCAUUUUUUUUUUUGCUUCCAAUUUUUGCCUGCAGAAGUUAAUUCCUUGAAAGAAAGAAGGACCGAAUGACACUGGAAGAUAUGCUGUUUUAACUUAUUAUUUUGCCUAACAAAUCAUAAGCAAAAAUGUUAAAAACAAAAACAUUCAGUUAUUGUCUUGGAUUUUAGUGGCUUUGGAAAGGUAUAAUGGAUUCGUCCUGUGUGUUUUUAGUAACACUAUGGAGCAAUCUGUGUUUAUACAACAGAAUAAGAGUGCAAAGGUCAAGGUUAGCCAACCACAAUAUGAUGAGUACAUUAGUCAGCCCUGACGGGGCCCAGCAAAUAGUCAUAAUACUUGAUCUACCUCAUCAUUUACUAGGAUGUUAAAAAAAAAAUCUCAAAAAGUUUUACCUGUGAUGGUAGAAAGGGUUUCUCAUGCAAGAAGUCUACGUCCCUUUAAAUAGUGGAGUUUUUAGUUACUGUAUUAUUUCAUACAUUAAAAAGCUGUUUACUUGAACACAACUUUGAAAUUAAUUUUAAGGAAUUUAAUUUAUGAAAAUCACAGUGUGAAUAGAACAGAUGGGUGGGUGAGGUCAGUUUCUGCAUUGUAACCCAAAAUCCUAAUACAGGAAAAAUGCAAAGAAACUUACAACUGAGAAAAGCUGCAUUGACUUUGAAGAACCGCAUUGUAUGAAUGCAAAGAUGAGCCUUAAAAGACUACUAGUCUAUUAAAAUAAUAGACUGAAAUGGUAAGGACAAACUGUAUAGUUCUCUUGUUUACAUUAACAGUCUUGCUCAGGGUGAACGUCCUGCCACUCAGCUAAUAAUGCAAGGAUGACUUCUAGCUCCCUGCUGAUUCAAAGGUAUGUAGAUAAUAAUUCUAUCCCAUACCAUGGCAUUUUCUAAGGCCACUUAAUACUAAUCAAGUUUGCGGGGUUCUGAAGCCUAUCCCAGCAGGUACAAGGUGUAAGAGAGGGGCAGUCCUCUGGACAAGACACCAGUCCAUCUCAGGGGACACUCACAUACACCCACCCACUAUGGCAAGUUAGCGUCACCUUUCCUGGCACCUUGUGCUUCCUAUAGGCAAUACUGUUGUUCCAGAAGCAGUCCUCGGUAGGGCAUUAAAAAAUGAGCCUUCUGUCUUAGCCAAGGGUGGAAUUUGGAGAAUUCAAGAGGACACCACUUACCUGUCGAGAAGUAGAAGGAGGAAAGAAGAAAGAAGAUAAAUGCUGGACUUGUGUAUGUGGGCAUUACCUGGAGAUCAGUGUGUCCCGUUUAAGAGGUAUUGUGCCUUAAUAAAAGUGCAUUUUAGGACUCAAACUUGGGUCCUUGUGAGUUGUGACUGGGGUUUGGUGUGUGACACGGGGCCGUCUUAACGUAUGGACGCAUUGGCCACUGGCCAGGGGGCCCCAGGAGCAUAGAGGCCCAUGAUAUUUCUGAUGCCUAUGUAUAUUUCUAUUUUAUUAGCAAAAUAGGCCCCAGCGCACUACUUGUAUAUACGUAUAUAUAUAUAUAUUCAGUAUAUAUAAUAAUAAUCUAAUAUAAUAUAUUAGAUAUAAAAAGAUGCUGCUAAUCACCUGCUUUUCACUUAAUGUCUCCAGUAGUUCUUGGUAGAUUUAAAAUCUUUGUUAUUUUUAAAAUAUUAAUGUGAAAUCUACAGAUGGAAUUGUUGCUAACCUACUGCUAAAUUUAAUGCAACAAAAUGCAGAGCUUUGGUGUAAAGAAUUUAUGGAAUUUUGAUUUAUCUUAAUGAUCUGCUCAGUGCUAAAAUUAAUAUCAAAACCCUCUCUUUGUGUUUCUGUGAAGGAAUUAUUGACUGCUAGCCAAAACAUACUCAAAUGUUCAGCCAAAAUUGAAAGUUUUCACUCCUGUUUUAUCAAAAGAACAAUAUUACCAAAAACAUACAUUACUGGCUAUAUUACCUGUUAAAGAUAAAAAGAUAAUAAAAAAAUAAAAAUAUUUUAUAUCUUUUGCUGUAAAAUGUACCGUCAGCACCCAUCAUGUGCCUUUCUUCAGUGCUCUGGUGUGUCCCCACCUGUCUUAGCUGCAGUGCUUCCUCCCUUAGUUGCAUGUAUUUAAGGCCUGCUUCUCAAACUCUAUCAUUGUAAAGCACUUUGCUUGCCUCCUGCCCACUGUUUGACUAUCGUCAAUGUUAGAUGGGCCUUCUUUACCUGCUGUGAAUUCAUAUUCUUUUAUUUUCUGUGUUUGAAGGUGACUUUCAGUGUUCCUUCUAUGUUUUUCCUCUGUAUUUUUGUGAAUAUCAGUCUCUCUUGUUUGGAUCUUCCCAUCUCAAUUAUGUUGAUUGAGCAAACACAAUGAAACUGAUCAAUCAGACCAAAGCCAAACUGACCAGUGAGAUUGCUCAGAAGGACUCAACACACAGAGACAUUAGCAAUUUAUAUAUAGAUACCAUUUUAGGCCCCUAAACCACAAUACUGUCAAAGUAAAUUACUAACAAUGUUUGGUUUAUUUCCUGUCAAGCUAAGCUAAAUAUUCCAAGUAUGACAGUCACAACUGUCCAUCCAUCCAUCCAUUAUCCAACAUGCUAUAUCCUAACUACAGAGUCACGGGGGUCUGCUGGAGCCAAUCCCAGCCAACACAGGGCACAAGGCAGGGAAAAAAUCCCGGGCUGGGUGCCAGCCCACUGCAGACAGUCACAACUAGUUAAAGAGAAGUUGUGCAGGGAAUCAUGUCCCUAAUCUCUUCAAGUGGGAACGCCUUUUAAUGUACUAUGUGCUUUAAAACUCUUAUGAUUUAAUAAAGAUUAUGCUGAAGGAAACUCUUCCCUUCUAAGAAGUCUUCAAAGCCAGCACUCCAGAUCUAUUUUAGAGAUACUUGUGUUCAUUAUCUGCAUUGUAUGUGUACAUUAUUUGUUAAAAGUUUCUUUCCAGUUCACUAUACUGCAGAAUUUGAGAUUCAAAUUUUAAAAGUGAAAUAAAAAAACUUUGUAAUUCAUGUAGUAGCACUCAGUGUCUAAAAUUAAAUGUUAUCUAAAUA